AAUCCUUUAAAAUAAUUGUUUUUAUUAUUGCACGUAAGAGAAUCAAGUUUUGAUGAUACAAAAAAUAACUCUGUUAUAAAAAUUCUAGAUACAACCCCUAAACAAUAAUUUAAAGUUUGACGAACAAUUCAAUAAUAAACAGAACCGCCCAACUCAAAUGAAAAAGUUGACACUUGUUGGGACGAAUACUCAGCUAUUAUAUCGUGAAAUCUUCACAUUAAAAUAGAUUAAAUUUGCAACUCAGAAAACGUAAUUCAAUUUUCAUAAUACAGCCAAAUUCUUAUCGACAUUAAAAAUCUUUACAUUGCAAACAAUUUUGCACGGUAUAUGUCAUAUGACGCAUGACUCGAACCUUAUCUAUUUUUAGAACCAGCAGGUGAACAAGUUGGAUGGCAUAUCAUAUUAAGAUACUUAAGAAGGCGAGCAUUUAAUCGAAGAACUAAAUACGAACUUUGUUGAUUAUAUGAAAAGAUAUUUGAUGGACGAUAUUGAUUUCAAUUCACUUGCAAGCAACUUAUCGAGUUGAAACAAAGAUAAUAAUUCAUGUAAUUUUAAUUAACCAUAAAACAAGGAAGGUCGAUAAAUAAAUUAUAUACGCUAAAGUUCUUUAAAUGUAUGAUACGUGGAAUAUUUUUCGAUAUCAAAAACGAUGCCCCUUACUAAACAAAGGCAAUUUUGACAGAUCAGAGUAAGCUUGGGGGGGCAGGACGUGUUUCACGUAGGUUCGAGUCUGAAAAUUCUCCGAAGUUCUUGUCUACGACCACGACUCCCAACGUCGGCGCGUGAAACGAUCAGCCAACAGCUGAUCGUGAAAUGGAAGGUAAGGUCAGCGAACGUUGAAUGUAUAGAACAGUAGUGUACUUAUCAGGCUCAAAUCAUUACAAUAACAGAGCCACUCACAUUGUUUUGGAUGACCUUUGACAGUUCUGUGCUAUAAUCAGUGUGAACAUCUCGAGAAGCUCUCGAUCAUUGCGUAGAAGUGCUCUACAUAUCAGCCAUAGAAUAUCUUCUCAACGAACCAACAGAUGUUUCACGUGAGAAAUGUCACAUAUUGAUAUACAGGAAUUAUUUGACGAAAGCAGAUUUCCAAGUGGAUGGAAACUCUUAUUAGUCUUGCUGUAUGCACCUAUAGGUGUUGCAUUAUUACUAUCUAGGUUGCUUAUUUGUUUUUUAAUUUGGUUACUGGCAACACUUUUACCUGAUUUUCAAGUGCUACGCACUUUUCUUAACCGUGCAAUCUUCUUUGCUCUUGGGAUUAUUAUCAAAAUUUGUCCUAAUGGAGAAAAAAGAGAUGAACAGACUAGAAUCGUGGUGGCCAACAGUAUCUCAGCGAUUGAUGAUUUUGUUCUCACAACUGUUUCAAAUACGGUGAUGCCUACUACAACAAAUUUGCCAGAAUCUUUAAAAUCUGCUUUAGGAUUACGCAAGAUGGAUAUGAGUAAUAAAGACAGUUUAAUAGCAGAUAUUAAACAAUUUUUGCCCACGUCAAAGAAUGGUGUUGCUCUGCAACCUGAAUUUAGUACAACCAAUAGUCGUAAAGCCUUACUGAAAUUCAACACAUGGCCUUUCAGUAUAGAACCAGCUGUUCAACCUGUUGUUUUGACUGCGAGUAGACCAGAACUUAUCAAUAUACGACUUACCUCAGUUGCAUCUACAUGGUGGACAGACAUAAUGUGGUUUAUGUUUGUUCCUUACACUAUUUUUACUGUGAAAUUUCUUCAUGUAAAAAGAAAUACAGAAGCUGAUAUUCUUGUUCGAGAAGUUGAAAAAGAUAUUGCUAGAGUCCUAAAAAUUGAAACUAGUUCACACACAGUUUCGGAUAAAACAGAGUUUGAAAAACGUUAUAUUUUAGAAAAAAUUCAUAAUCGUGGUCCCCAAAAUACAACUGGAAAUGGUUCACCAAUUGUUGCUAGUGCAGAAAUGCAGAGAAUGGCAAGACAAGUGAGUGAAGUUCUACCACUGGUUCCUCAAAAUGUCAUUCUUCGAGAUUUAUUGAAAACUAGAAAUGUUGAUAUAACAAUUGCAAAUUUUUUGGAUGGCGUUGUUACUUAUACACCAGAACCUACUGCAUCAACUUCAACGCCAGGAAGUUCAAGGGCUUCAAUAAAUUCAACGAGUAAAGGCUCUGUGUCGCUGAAAAAAUCCAAAAAUGAUGUUUAUUUAACUUUUGCAGAAAGAAAACAAAAAAUGAUUGUUGAAGCUAGAGAAAGGUACAUGUUAAAACAUGGUUUAAAAAACUGUUGACAAUGCUGAUGCAAUUUAUGUUAAAACCAAGUAUAAAUAAGAAAUGUACAAAUAACAAGCAGUUUUUAUUCUGAAA